CCUAGGAGAAAGCUUGUCUCCGGGGUGUGGGGACUGUAUGUGGAUCUCCAGCCUCCUGGCAGCAAUUCCGAGAGGCGAGAAGAAGUGUGGCUUGGCCCAGGCUGUGCAGAAAAUCCGAGGGUCGCGUGACAUCUUGUUCGAGCGGAUCUGGCUCCGGACUACAUUUCCCAGACACCCUGGCGGGUAUAGGGCUGACCCUUCACUCGCCUGCGGGACCCUAGGCCUCCGGGGAAGGGGAAGUGCAAGGUAUUCUCAACUCCAUAUGGUAAGAGUAUGUUUGAUUUUGUACGAAGCUGCCAAGCUGUCUUCCAAAGUGGCUGUACCAUUUUGCAUUCUCACCAGCAAUGAAUGAGAGUUCCUGUUGCUCCACAUCCUGGCCAGCAUUUGGUGUUAUCAGUGUUCUGGAUUUUGGCCAUUCUAAUUGGCCUGCCUUCUCAGAACACUAUCCUUUUCCACGAGAACAGCCCCAAAGAGGAGUGAUCAUCUCCUGUAAUACUGAAAGCCAUGGCCCAGGGAUCAGUGAUGUUCAGUGAUGUGUCUGUAGACUUCUCUCAAGAGGAGUGGGAAUUCCUGGACCCUGCUCAGAGGGACUUGUACAGAGAUGUGAUGUUGGAGAACUAUAGCAAUCUGGUGUCAGUGGGACUUUACAUUCCUAAGCCUCAAGUUAUCUCCUUAUUGGAACAGGGGAAAGAGCCCUGGAUGAUUGGCAGAGAGCUGACAAGAGGCCUGUGUUCAGAUCUGGAAUCAAUGUGUGAAACCAAGUUAUUAUCACUAAAGAAGGAAGUUUAUGAAAUAGAAUCAUGCCAGAGGGAGAUGAUGGGACUUACAAAGCAUGGCCUUGAAUACUCCAGUUUUAGAGAUGUUUUGGAAUAUAGAAACCACUUUGAAAGACAAGUGGGAUAUCAAAAUGGGCAUUUCAGCCAAGAAAUAUUCACUCAUGAAUACAUGCCCACAUCUAUUCAACAGACAUUCUUUACUCUACAUCAAAUAAUUAACAGUGAAGAGAAACCAUAUGAAUGUAAGAAAUGUGGAAAGAUCUUUAGUCAGAAUUCACAAUUUCUUCAACAUCAGAGAAUUCAUAUUGGCGAAAAAUCUUAUGAAUGUAAGGAGUGUGGGAAAUUCUUUAGUUGUGGCUCACAUGUUACUCGACAUCUGAAAAUUCAUACUGGUGAAAAACCCUUUGAAUGUAAAGAAUGUGGAAAGGCCUUCAGCUGUAGCUCAUACCUUUCUCAACAUCAGAGAAUUCAUACCGGUAAGAAACCCUAUGAAUGUAAGGAAUGCGGGAAGGCUUUUAGUUAUUGCUCAAAUCUUAUUGACCAUCAGAGAAUUCACACUGGUGAAAAACCGUAUGAAUGUAAAGUAUGUGGGAAAGCCUUUACUAAGAGCUCACAACUUUUUCAACAUGUGAGAAUUCAUACAGGUGAGAAACCCUAUGAAUGUAAGGAAUGUGGCAAAGCUUUUACUCAGAGCUCAAAGCUUGUACAGCAUCAGAGAAUUCAUACAGGUGAGAAACCCUAUGAGUGCAAAGAAUGUGGCAAAGCCUUUAGUAGUGGCUCAGCACUUACUAAUCAUCAGAGAAUUCACACUGGGGAGAAACCCUAUAAUUGUAAGGAAUGUGGGAAGGCUUUUACUCAGAGCUCACAACUUCGUCAGCAUCAGAGAAUUCAUGCUGGUGAGAAACCUUUUGAAUGUCUUGAAUGUGGGAAGGCCUUUACUCAGAACUCACAGCUUUUUCAACACCAGAGAAUUCAUACAGAUGAAAAACCAUAUGAAUGUAAUGAAUGUGGAAAGGCCUUUAAUAAAUGCUCAAACCUUACUCGACACCUCAGAAUUCAUACUGGUGAAAAGCCCUAUAACUGUAAGGAAUGUGGAAAGGCAUUUAGUAGUGGCUCAGAUCUCAUACGUCAUCAGGGAAUUCAUACUGAUGAAAAGCCCUGCCGCUGCAUGGAGUGUUCCAGAGUCUUCAACUCAGAAUUUGCUCUGAGAAGGCACAGGAAGGACCACAUGGGAAAGAAACCUCACACAUGUGAGGAAUGUGGGAAGGACUUCAGCCGUAGCUCCAACCUGUCCAUCCAUCGGCGAAUACACACAGGCGAGAAGCCCUACAGAUGUGGUGUGUGCGGGAAGGACUUCAGCCGCAGCUCCAACCUCUCUAUCCACCAGCGCAUCCACACAGGUGAGAAACCCUUCAGGUGCUCUGACUGUGGCAAGGACUUCAGCCGCAGGGCAGCCCUGCAGAUCCACCAGAGUGUCCACACAGGAAGGAAGCCCCAUGCCUGUAAGGUAUGUGACCGGGGCUUCACCUCACGCUCUACGCUGGCACGACACCAGCAGGACCACGCAGGAGACAAGGCUUAUGUGUGUGACACAUGUGGCCGGGGCUUCAGCCAGAGAGCCAGCCUCUACCUGCACCAGCGUGUUCACACUGGGGAGAGGCCAUUCCGGUGCGAGGCCUGUGGGAAGUGCUUCAGCUGGAGCAAGGACCUGGGUAUCCACCAGAGGGUCCACACGGGAGAGCGGCCCUACAGGUGUGAGGCUUGUGGGAGGGACUUCAGGCAUCGCUCGGCCCUCAAGAGGCACCAGAGGGUGCACACAGGGGAGAAGCCCUACCCCUGUGCUGUGUGUGGGAAGGGCUUCAGUCAGAGAGUCCACCUGCAGACGCACCAGAAAGUGCACUGUAGGGAGAGGCUUCCAGGAGUGGGCUCUGCACAUGCAGGUGCCUUCCACAGCCAGGGAGAGUGCCAGGGCAUGGGUGCUGAGGUGCACAACAUGGAUCAGGCUUAAUGAUGUAUGGCAUUUAUUAGUAUUUAUACAGAAAAGAGGACAGAUCAACAGCACUUAGAUGGAGAAAUAGAACAUUUUCAGCCCUCCCAAAAGACCUCUGCAUGCUUCUUUCCACUCACUACCCCACAAAGGGAGUCACUAUCCUGACUUCUAAAACCAUAGAUUGAUUUUGCAAGUUAUAGAAUAUCAUAUAAGUGGAAUUACACAAUAUGUAAUCUUUCAUAUAGAACUUUAUUCACUCAAUGUCUGCAUCCAUGUUGUUGCAUGUAUUCAGGUUCAUUCAUUUUAUUCCUGAGUAGUAUUCCAUUAUUUGAAUGAACCACAGUUUGUCCAUUCACCUGUUGAUGGACGUUUACAUUUGGGUUAUUUCCAGGUUUUCCAGGUUUUGUUCGUUAUGAAUAAAGCUGCUGUGAGCAUUUGGGUACACAUCUUUGUGUGGACAUAUACUUUAAUUUCUCUUGGGUAUAUACUUUGGAGUAGAAUUGAUGGGUAUUUUUUUUAAUUAUUUAUUUUUUAAGAUUUUUUCGAUAUGGACCAUUUUUUUAAAAGUCUUUUGAAUUUAUUACAAUAUUGCUUCUGUUUUAUGUUUUGGUUUUUUGGCCACGAGACAUGUGGGAUCUUAGUUCCCCAACCAGGGAUUGAACCUGCACCCCCUGCAUUGGAAGGCAAAGUUUUAACCACUGGACCACCAGGAAGGUCCCUUGAUGGGUAUUUUAAAACUUGUAAAAAACUGGGCUUAAUUGUCUUGUACGUUGGAUUUUUACAUGUACUUGGAAAAUUUCAAACAAAUACAGAAAUGGAACAGUGUAACAAACACUCAUGUCCCCAUCAUCUAGCUUCAGUAAUCAAUUCAUGAUGAAUUUUGUUUAUUCUAUUCCAUCCUGCUCCCUCACACACAGUCCUGAAGUAUUUUAAAGUAAAUCCUAGACUAGGAUAUUGUGUCAUCUUUAUACCUUCAGAAAAUAAAGAUUUGUUUAAAAUGUUUUUCCAAAGAAUCACUCUGUUUAAAAAUUUUUUUUAUUAAGGUAAAAUUCAGAAAACAAAAUUCACCAUUUUAACCAUUUCAGAGUAUAGUAUUCAAUAGUUUUUAAUAUAUUCACAAUGUUGUACAAUCAUCACCACUGUCUGAUUCUAGAAUAUUUUCAUCAGGCCAGAAAGAAACCCCAUUACUAUUAAGCAGUCACUUUUCAUUCUCCCCCUCCCCCAGCCUCUGGCAACCACUAAUGUACUUUCUGUUGCUAUAGAUUUGCCUAUUCUGGACACUUCAUAUAAAAGGAGUCAGACAAUA